UACAAUAAGGUGUAUGACAUGGAGGAGUACUACCACAGACUUCAGAUCUUUAUUGAGAACAAUAGAAGGCUUGACCAUCACAAUGAAGGGAAUCACAAGUUCACAAGUAUGAAUAAUUGCAUUAUAGUUGGGUUUCUUCAGUUGAUAGAAGUGUCCAUAUCCUUUGAGUAUGUCAGCAUAUUAAUUAUGCCAUCUUCUGACAUUUGACCUCUACCUAGUGGGACUGAAUCAGUUCUCGGACUUGACCUUUGUUGAAUUCAGACAAUCUUUCCUCUUGACUGAGCCCCAGGUAUUUAUGUUCCUGUUAGGUAUACUUCUCAUGGUUUUUACUUGAAAAAAUACAUUUUAAUUGACUGUGUCUUUCUUAGAUCUGUUCUGCCACUAAAGGGAGUCAUGUGAGCAGCAAUGGACCAUAUCCAGACUCGGUCGACUGGAGAAAGAAAGGGCACUAUGGCACAGCCGUGAAGAACCAGGUAUCCUUACACAUACAGUAUAGGACAUCUUUUCGAGGAUAAAAUCAGGCAUUAUCUGGCAAGGUAAGCGGAACACUACUGUAUGAGGAAAGCCCAAAAAAUUGUCAAAGACUCCAGUCACCCAAGUCAUAGGCUGUUCUCUCUGCUACCGCACGGCAAGCGGUACCGCGGUACCGGAGUGCCAAGUCUAGGACCAAAAGGCUCCUUAACAGCUUCUACCACCCUUAUCUAUGCAUAGUCACUUUACCCCUACCUACAUGUACAAAUUACCUGGACUAACCUGUACCCCCGCACAUUGACUCGGUACCGGUACCCCUGUAUAUAGCCUUGUUAUUGUUAUUUUAUUGUGUUACUUUUUAUUAUUUUUUACUUUAGUUUAUUUGGUAAAUAUUUUCUUAACUCUUUCUUGAAUUGCGUUGUUGGUUAAGGGCUUGUAAGUAAGCAUUUCACGGUAAGGUCUACACGUGUUGUAUUCGGCGCAUGUGACAAAUAAAGUUUGAUUUGAUUUGAUGUGCUGAAGGUAGAUGUUGAUUUGUGGUAUUCAGGGGCCCUGUGGUAGCUGCUGGACCUUUUCCACUACAGGCUGUUUGGAGUCAGUCACAGCCAUCACAACAGGGAAACUCCUACAACUGGUGAGAUACUUUCUUAUCUACUUCUCUAUUCUAACACAAAGUGGGAAGGAAAGCUGGCCUCCUUUUACUGAGGCAAUUCAAUACAAUUUUUACAAUUGCGUUUAAGGCUAGUAGUUGCCUCGAUUUAUUACCAGUGAUUGCAAUACCUUUUGGAAUUAAUUGAAAUUCUUGUCCCAUCUCUGAUCGUGAAGUCAUGUGAGCAGCAAUAUAUUUUAUCCAACUGCUGCUAUCUUUAUAUUGUUCAGUCAGAGCAGCAACUAGUGGACUGUGCUCAGGCCUUCAACAACCAUGGCUGUAAGGGGUGAGUGUCACCACUGGAAAACCUAUUUCCUUGUAAAUACUGUAUAUUCACAAAAAUCUCUUGGUCUAACUGGACACUAUUCGAUUCUUACUGAGGCUCUGAAAAAAAGUAUAUUUUAGCGGCCUCCCCAGUCAAGCAUUUGAGUACAUCAAGUAUAACAAGGGACUCAUGACAGAGGAUGACUAUCCAUACACAGCACAUGUAUGUAAACAGCAAUGCCAUCUUUAUAACAACUACAGUACUAGCACUUCGAAAGGCGACAAUCUAUUAACAUCAUUUAUGUUGGAAUCAUUUUGAAGGAGGGCACUUGCAAGUUCAAGACUGAUUUGGCUGCUGCUUUCGUUAAGUAUGUGGUCAACAUAACAAAGGUAAGUAAAUGCACAUUACUUUGGAUUGUUUUGUGCAUUGACUACCCAGGCAGUCAUUUUAUUGUAUGUUUAUUCCAUGGCAGUAUGAUGAAAUGGGUAUGCUGGAUGCAGUGGCCAGACACAACCCU